UUAACCACGCACCUGCCGCAACAAGCUAGAGCCGUCGGGGGCAAUCCGCAUCGAAGCGCUCGCAGAUCUUGCGGUGCUAGCUGCUGCGGGAAACCCUAGCUCGGAGAUCUUCGCGCUGCUGCCGCGGGUCCGUACAUAUGGGGACUCCGAGUAAGCUUUGCGUUUCUUUCGAUGCAUCUGUGCCGCGAUCCAAUCAGUUCGCCCUCAGGGCUAUUAAGCGUUUAGCAACGGGGAAAUAUGAGGAGAUCUGCGUACUAGUCGGCGUGGAUCGGGCCUACGAAAGCAUGGUUUCGGAUGAUCCCGUACUCACUCGGGUUAUCUCUUCUCUGAGGAGGAACCGUACAGUGUGGGUGCAACUUAAAGAUCUAGACCACCUCCAAGGAUGGUUUAAUUGGUCCCGUGAUUUCCAGAAAAUGCUGAUGAGCUCAAUCACGCACAAUGUCAAAGUAAUUCUACAUGACGAAGAUAUAAUACAGGACAUGAUUAUUAAAGAAAUUAGUGACGAUAAGCUUCACCGUUCAUAUUUGCUAUUUUCUAACGAGAAUAUUACAAGUACUUGCAAAACUUUUUAUCUCUGGACUUCAAAUGGCCUCUACUAUUCUGGUUCUUCUCACGAUCAUUGCUGUCACUGGAAACAAGAGCUGCACAGCAUAAAAGAUCAAAGUAAGUGCACAUGGCGGAACCGUCAGGUGGAUCCUAUCUAUAACAUCCUAUAUCUCGAUGACUCGAUGGGACUGGACGGCUCUUUCUGAUGUGGAACGGAUCUUCAACUGAAGCCCUGAAGUUCUGAAGAUUGGUCCAUUUCCCUUCGGUUAUCAAGACAUCCCUAGAAUUAGCAGCCUCACCUUAGCAGCUCAGGUCUUCGUACGAAAUUGAUACUUGGCAACUUGGGCGAUUCAGAUACUAAAAAACUGGGGAAAAAAACAGAUACAUGUACAUACUACGAGCAAUUCUUAUGGAAUAUAAUUAAUUAACUGACCACAAACUACUGUACCCGAAAGUCCUUGAGAGUAGUUAUUAAGCGUCCACAUUUAAUUGCUUCUCUGCUCUGGAAUAAGGACCAGGGAGUAAGUAGAACACGAUAAAAUAAAAAUAAAAAAUAUAUCCGCACUUUAGAUGAGACCAAAAAAGGAAAGAGAGAUGACACACUAAAAAUUUCACAUCGGUAUUUCGUUACAUCUGAUUUCACGUACUCCCUCCGUUUCGCAAUGUAAGUCUUUCUAGCA